AGCGUCUGUUGCGCACUGGAUUCUCCUGUAUUCCACCAUUCGCGCUGCGACCUCGGCCGUUUUUACACACGAGACGACCCGAUACGUUACAUAACAUCGCAGUUAGACGAGAUGUCAUGACUCUACGGAACGAGUUCUAGAUACUUCCUGGCCUGACAUAGCGAGCAGUGCAGCCCUGUACGCCUGGUGUAGUACCAGUGACAGCAGCUCGUGUGGUUGAAUCUCCUCAGCGGUUCGUAUAAAUCUGAAGUCCUGGCUGAAUAGCUGCAGACAGAGCUACCACUGACCCGAUAACUCGUGGGGUUCGUACAAAUCUUAACUCCUGGCCGAAUAACUGGUGUGGUUCGUAUUAUUCUUAACUCCUGGCCGAAUAGCUGCUGCUGUAGUGCGAUGGAGUAUGAAGCGAGAUCCGCGCGAGACGGUGCCUGGUAUGACGUGGCAAGCCUCUUGGCACAUCGGAAAACAGAAUCUGGUGAAGAGCAAGUAUUGGUUCGUUUCUUUGGCUUCGCAGAUGAAGAAGACGAGUGGGUGUCGGCCCGCCUGUCAGUACGCCCGCGCUCCCUCCCCUGCGAGGGCUCCGAGUGCGUAGCCGUGCUGCCAGGGGACGUCGUGCUCUGCUUCCAGGAAGCUUCUGACCAGGCGCUGUAUUUCGACGCAGAUGUGAGGGACGUGCAGCGGAGGAGGCAUGAUGUGAGGGGGUGUCGGUGCCGGUUCUGGGUCCGUUAUCGGCAUGACAAUACCGAGGAGGUGGUCCCACUGCGUAAGAUCUGUCGGCGGCCAGAAACAGAGUACAGAGUGAAGGCAGCACAGCAGGUGACGAAGGCAAUGGGGGGAGGGGAGGGGAAGAAGGAAAGUGUGAAGGCUGGUAAGGGGAACUAGCAACAGGAUGAGGGGACGGGAGUAUAGAGCGAAGGCGAGUUGGGAAGAAUGGAGGGUGAAUAGCGAGUGAGUGUGACCAGGGGUGUACAUCUUGCGCACAUUCAACAAUGGAUUGAGCAGGAAUAGAAAUCAGAGGCUUACAGGGAAAACCUUGAACAACUUAUGGGCAUAAAAAUAUAAAGAGUUUAUAACUACUCUACGAAGUGACAUGGGGAUGUAGCUCAGAUGGUAGAGCGCUCGCUUAGCAUGCGAGAGAUGUGGAGGAGCGCCUCGGCGGGCUUUCUUGAGUGGAGGCGACUUGUGGGUCUACUGGACGAUAAGCUCGGGGACGUGUACAGUUGACUUUGGAGUGUCCGGAUGUUUGGCACUUGUGGCAGAACGACGGCACAAUGAACAGGUCCAUUUCCUGUUGUUCAGCAUGGAGCUCGGCGAAGAGGUGCAUUUCCGAGAUUCGUCCGUGGGCGCGAAGGAGCGAGCGGGUGGUUCUCCAUUCUGGCCCGAGCCCAGCGAGGACAAGCGUCACGAAGCUUUCUUCAGUGAUUGUUCCUCCGCACCGAAGCAGGCGGUCGCGGAGUGUCUGGCAUCGACUCAUAUACUGCAUCGCCUUUUCCCCGGUCUUCAUCUGUAUUGUUGUCAGCUGCUGCAUGAGUCUGUUUUGUGUCACGCUGUCGUUUGCUUGAUAGAGACACUUGAGGUGAUGCCAUGCGAGUUCCGCGGAGUUUCCAUAGCUCCGAUACGUUCUGAUGCUUUGCUGUUCUUGUGGUGACAGGUUCCGCAGGAGAACUGUGUACGCCAGCAGCGAUUGAUACGUGCAGCCUCCAUCAGCAGCUCGAACUCAAAGCUCCAAGUAAAAAAGUCGUGUCCGUUGAACGCUGCUAUUGGUUGGGCACGGGGCGGCAUGAACUCGAACGUCUUCGGUGAAGAGUGAUAAGGCGCAAAGGUGUCCUUGUCUGCUGCUGCUGGUCGAAGUGCGACAUGAAGCUGAAGAACCUUUCCAUAAGGUUCGGGUCCACGCUUGAGGAGGGUUAUGGGGUCACCAUUUGUGGUGCUCUUCCUGUUGUUUCUUGAGCAGCGCCGGUCUCGGUUUGCAGUCCAGAGUUGCCGGGUUGAGUGUCUUAGGCACUGGGUGAGCCCGUAGAGGUUUUCUUGCCCUUGGUGUCCAUGACUUGUAAUCAAUGAAGUCGUUGGUGUGCUGAUUGUAGAUAGAGCGUAGUUGCUGGGAGUUUGGUCUCUGACCAGCUCUCAUACCAUGUUGGGCUGCGAAAAGCCCUUAGGAUAUUUUCAGAGACUAAGUCCAAGUUGUAAAAGAAGACUUUGA